AAACCCAACAUUAAACAAUUAUAUAAUUAAUAUUAAAAAAGAUGUAAAUCACAGCUCAAAUAUGAUACCAAUUCAGCUAAAAUGUGGCCGGAAUCCGAAGAUGAAUAUCAUCCAUAUCUCAUAGAUCUUCAGUCGACUUUGAUUGACUAAUCUGUCGACGAAUUAGGGGGUUAUUCUCCGAUAUCUGAUGAUGUGAUUGAUAAAUUUGGCGUUUGCUUUGAUUUUCCAUUGAUUGUUUUCUUAGCGUCCAUCAUGUUGGAGCCUCCGAGCUAUCUGGUGUUAAGGGAUUUGCCAUCUUCAUGUGAGGAAGAGAGCAAGUGGAUAUAUAACGCACACUGCGUGCUUCAGCUCUCGUCUAAGAAGCGUUUCUUGGAUGAUACCAAUGAAGAAGGAAGUUCCGCUAGAAAACUUGAUCAUCGAUGCAGAGAUAAAUCCGACAAGAUUACAGAUUUUCUUCUUCUUGCCAAAACCUAUCAAAGGUCUAACCAAAACCAACAAGGUAGUGAACAACAGAGCCCACCGAUAACCAGGCUUGAUCAAAACGCACUUCUCAACUGCUUGGCUCACUGCUCGUUAUCUGAUUUCGGGUCCAUAGCCUCAACAAACAAAACCUUCCGCUCGCUCAUCAAGAACAGCGAGCUUUAUAGGCUGAGAAGAGCAAAGGGAAUCGCAGAGCAUUGGAUCUACUUCUCUUGCAGGCUGUUGGAAUGGGAAGCUUAUGAUCCAAACGGAGACCGAUGGCUACGUGUACCAAAAAUGACAUUCAACGAAUGUUUCAUGUGUUCGGACAAAGAAUCUCUGGCGGUUGGCACAGAGCUUCUUGUCUUCGGCAAAGAGAUCAUGUCUCAUGUGAUUUACAAGUAUAGCAUCUUGACCAAUACAUGGACCUCGGGUAUGCAAAUGAAUAUCCCGCGGUGCUUGUUUGGAUCAGCGAGUCUAGGAGAGAUCGCGGUUAUAGCUGGAGGAUGUGACCCACGUGGACAGAUACUGAGCUCUGCGGAGCUUUAUAACUCGGAAACAGGGGAAUGGACGGUCCUCCCGUGCAUGAACAAAGCGAGGAAGAUGUGCUCGAGCGUGUUCAUGGACGGGAACUUCUUUGUGAUUGGAGGUAUUGGAGAGGGAAACUCAAAGAUGCUAAUGUGCGGUGAAGUCUAUGAUCUGAAGAAGAGGACAUGGACUUUGAUACCUAACAUGUUACCGGAAAGAAGCAACGGAAGUGGAGGAGGAGAUCAGGCAAAUGAGAUUUCCUCUGCUUCAGAGGCGCCACCGCUUGUAGCGGUUGUGAAAGACGAGCUUUAUGCUGCGAGUUACGCGCAGCAAGAGGUGAGGAAAUACGAUAAAAGACGCAAUGUAUGGAAUAAAGUUGGGAAUUUGCCAGAGAGGGCUUCUUCGAUGAACGGUUGGGGAAUGGCGUUUAGGGCUUGUGGGGAUCAGUUAGUGGUGGUUGGAGGGCCUAGGGCACUUGGAGGAGGGUUCAUAGAGAUCAAUGCUUGCGUCCCAAGGGACGGAGAGUCGCUGCAUUGGAGAGUUCUUGCUUCAAAGCCCUCAGGAAGCUUUGUGUAUAAUUGUGCGAUUAUGGGAUGUUGAUGAAGACUUGAGGCCCCUUUCAAAGUUAUUGACUUCUUUAUCAAGGUUGCUUUUUUUUCGUUUUUAACAGUUUGGUUUCAUUUUUUUUCAUGAUUGGGGUCAAGAGAGUCUCUGUUUUCUUCACUGUGUUUGUGGGGUUUAUUAUUGUUGUUCAGGCAUAAUCUGGAAUUUCAAUAAUUUGAAGAAGAUUUAAGAACAACUUACUGUGUCUUAUCUCUUAAAGUAUUUAUUAACAUUGUAUUUUUGUUCCAUU